GAGACGCCUGCGGAACACAGAGAGCAACGGCAUUCCGAAGGCCGUCGAGGAGUUCAACAACGAAUCCAUGUUCCCGAAGUUCGCCGAGCCGAUACCCAACGUGACCGUGACGGUGGGCCGGGACGCGCUGCUGGCGUGCGUCGUGGACAACCUACAGAGCUACAAGGUGGCGUGGGUGCGCGUCGACACCCAGACCAUCCUCUCGAUCCACCACACCGUCAUCACGCAGAACCCCCGCAUCUCGCUGACGCACAACGACGCCCGCUCCUGGUACCUUCACAUCAAGGACGUGCACGAGACGGACCGCGGCUGGUACAUGUGCCAGGUCAACACGGACCCGAUGCGAAGCCGCCAGGGGUACCUGCAGGUUGUCGUGCCGCCCACCAUCGUGGACAAGGACACGUCGACGGACAUGGUGGUGCGCGAGUCGUCCAACGUGACGCUGACGUGCAAGGCGCACGGCUACCCGGAGCCGUACGUCAUGUGGCGGCGCGAGGACGGCGAGGACAUCAGCUACAACGGCGAGCCGGUGACGGUGGUUGACGGUGAGACACUGCAUAUCACCAAGGUGUCCCGGCUACACAUGGGGGCGUACCUCUGCAUCGCGUCCAAUUCGGUGCCUCCGUCCAUCAGCAAGCGCGUGUUCCUCAGGGUGCAGUUCCCACCCAUGCUGUCCAUCCCCAACCAGCUGGAGGGCGCGUACGUCGGGCAGGACGUGAAGCUGGCGUGCCACACCGAGGCUUACCCGCACUCGAUCAACUACUGGACCACGGAGCGGGGGGACAUGAUCGUCUCAGGGCCGCCGCCCGUGGGAAGCAAAGCAGACAUGCAUGUUUCAGGCAAUAAGUACGAGGCGGUGUCGACGGACAACGGCUACAACAAGUACAUGCUGCUCAAGAUACGCAACGUGGGGCCCGACGACUUCGGCUCGUACAAGUGCGUGGCCAAGAACUCGCUGGGCGAGACGGAUGGCGUCAUCAAGCUCGACGAGAUUCCGGCCCCGCCCACGACGCCGUCGUCGACGGUGCUGCCCAAGAAAAAACAUCGCGGCCGGGUCAAACCGCUCAAGAUGGAGCGCGGCGGUGAGAACUCGGUCCUGGGGGCGGACUCGUACAUCGACGACACCACUCUGGACGAGGCGGCCGACGACGACUACACGCUGGCGCCGCACGUGGAGGUGCGGCCUCCGGUGGCGCAGGGCAGCGGUGCGCCGCGGCACCGCAUCCUCGGCGUCCUCUCGCUGACGCUCGUCGCCGUCCUGGCCAGUCGGUGACUGCCGCUGCCGACUCGUCCUGGGUCGCUCGGAACGCUCUUCGUGGCCUAGAGCCGCACCUCAACCCGUGGUGUGUCGGACCAGACAGGAGGGGAAGCAGCGGCCGCACCACGCUGUCCUGUCGAGCCGACGACUGUCGACGACGAGACAACUUCUCGAGAGUACCGAAAACGCUCAAUAGCGCAAGGACGAGCAGAGCACUAUUUUCAGCCGAAAGUUUUAGAGUUCCUCGAAUUGUUGCUGUCACACCUGGCCAAGCGAGGCUGGUGUUUUGUCCGUGCGCACAAAAUAUUGAAGGGCGCUGAUCUGUUUUUACUUUAAUUUUCUUGAACAAUCUUGCGUGGAAGAGAAAAUAUCUAGAUCAGUAAAUCAAAAUGCCUAUUUUCUGAUGGCCAGUGCCUGCCGCAGUAGGCCCCUUUCGCCAUUGCUGUGGGUACGGGGUGACUGCUCGACCAACUAGUACAUUCACAUGUCUUGUUUUGAAUAUUAGCUAGCAGAGACGGUAAAUAAGAAAACUAUUAAUUCAUCUGCGGUGACAUGGACACAAUAAAUUGUCAAUUGAAUAAGACGACGUGCACUCGUAUGGCUUCAGACAAGCUUUUCGCUUGUUUUAUAGGUAGUUCGAUUUACUGAUAAGUGAUGCUUGUUGUCAGAAAAAUUGGUUUUGUUUUCCUGUCUUCAAUCGUUUUUAUUAUAAUACAUUAAUGUCUGCUUAUUUAUGUGGGAUUUGGAUAGACGGCUGAAACUGUACCAAAGUCCUGUUAUUAUUUACCAGCAGUGGGGAGAGACCUAUUUUUACGUUAAUGUAAACACAGUGAACACGGCAUCGAUGUCCAUACGUCUUGCCUUAUUUUAUACGAUAUAAUUAAUGCAUUUCAUUAGAGGGUACAUUUCUAAAACGUGGGAUAGCAUUAAAGAACUUCAGGUUACAUGGCCUUGACGUUCGUGAACAAUUGCCUUUUCCCAUAAACAUUCUCGCCAAGCAAAUUCUUCUCCCUUCCUGCCAACCCUCCGUUCCCCGUCGAGGUCCUAAUCAGUGAUUCCGUAGCCAUCCUCCUGUGGCCCGCUAAAUGACUUGGCGAGGACUCUUGGUGGGCCACCUAUUGCGCUUUUUUUAAAUCUGUCUUUUUUCUAGUUGUGGUGUGGCAAAAGUUCCUACGCUGCCAAAAGUGUUAAGCCAGAUAUAUUUUUGUCAUUGCGCUUCCUUUCUUACUGUUUCAAGAGGUUGAGUAAUGUGCAUUAGUAAUACAAUGUGGAGGUUAGAUGGGACUCACACAAGAAUAAAAAAAAACUUGUCCAAUCGUGUUUCGUUACCCUUUUCAAUACGUACGGCUAAAUUAUGUGUAUUUGUGAGCCAAAGCCUACAAGCCCCGGCCCCUUAUUUUUUCACAAUUGUUUUGUGAAUUUCUGUUGCGCAGAUAGAAACCUGUAAAAAGGAAACUUGUAACGAUUAUUUUGGAAAUAAACUCUUACCGUGUUUAUUUCCUUUGCUCCCAAAGCGUUGAGGCUUCCUACGCUUGAGAGUUGUGUGUGAUUAGAUUUUAAGUGCGUGUUCUUUUUUUUAAGAUAUUUAUUUCUUGAACACUCGGCAAACAGUCACCUGCCUCAAACUCGUCUGUGCGUUGUGAACAUGUGUUAUGAGUGAGGAACAUUAUUUUAAAAAGUACUGUAAGUAGUGAAAUUGUUAUUUUUCCAUGUGAGGUCUUGUUUUGUAUUUCGCCGCCAGACCUAUAGAGUCUGCUUCAACUAGGUAAUAUGGUGGUCCGGAUGGACACACUUGGGUAAACUAUUCCUUGAAAACUGUGGAUGGUUUUAGUAAAUUGCCCAAAAUUCCAACACACUUGAGCCCUUCUAAUCUUCAUUUAUCAAAUGGCCACCAAAUUGUUAUUGUUCCUGAGAAAUAUAUGUAGAAUGUUACGUCUUGAGAAGGCGACGGGUGUCCUUAAUGAUGGCAGGAUUUGAUGAGUUCGGAAGGGCUAGUAUGUAUAUGACUAUCAUGCAUGGAUCAAAAUCAUACAUUCUAAAAAAUCUGUCUUAACGUUACACUCGUUAAGUAAUUACUUAAUUGACCCUAAAGCUGAUGUUUUCAUUUAUUUUAAGCGUGUGAUUCAGACUGGAUUAAAGUGAUAAAAUGUUAAUUUGCUAGUGCUAGACGACAGACCAUUUUUACAGCUCUUUUCGUUCAAGUAACGAUUUUAGCCGACGUUUGUUAAUUCUAGUUGACUAUGCUUUCCCCUCGAAAGAGUGUGACGUCGUAGGUAGAGUGCAUCUCUUUAUACGUAUCCAUUGAGAAGACUGAACUCACUGUACAUACUACUAACUAUAUCAUCAAUAAACCUACUACUUAUAACGAGCCUUACCGUAGAUUAAAUUACCAUGUAGAAAGGCUGUAUUACUAAGAGGAAGAUAACUAUGGUGGCUUUAAUUGAAGAGAAUUAAAUGUUUGAAAAUUACUA